AACAUGUAUACACCGUACGGUCCAUUUAAAUCUUCCCCACAACAACAAGGGCUCUCCUGUCGUGUUAAUCUGUGCGCCGGUCCGUGACUACUGGUGGUCUAAGCUUUGAUAGUGUUACUUCCUGGAUCAACACUCUCCCUCUUGAUGACGUUUUGCAGAACAGCAGCAUGUGUAGAGAAGAUGCAUCGUUAUUUUGUUUAUUGGGAUUCUUACAAUUCCUCUCCACUGUUCUUGCUUACGAUAAUCUAGCUUUGUAUAAGUCAGCAUGGCAGCUGCAUCCUUACAACAAUGUGUGGACGGCAUAUAAAGCCGUGGACGGACUGAAAUCAAAUCUAGAAGCAUUUGGAGGACAGUGCGUGAUAUCGGCCAACAGUCAGUCAACAGCAGAAUGGCGGGUAGAUCUAGGAGAAGUACUCAGUAUACAUUACAUCUUUAUACAGUACAGAACGGAUAAUGUCGCCUGGGAUGAGAAUAAUGGCUACACUGCUAGAUUCCUGGGAUACUCUGUUUACGUAUCAAACUCAACCAAUAAAGAGGACGGGGUACCUUGUUUCAAGGACACCAGCUAUACCCCGUCCACAAUCCCCAAUCCUACAAACAUAACGUGUGUCACACACGGGAGAUACGUCAUCUACUACAACACCAGGACCAACCCUCCGUAUCCUGCUGGGUAUGAUCAGUAUGCUUUCAACGAAAUAUGUGAACUUGAAGUUUACGGGUGUCGUAUCCCCGGAUAUUACGGCGAGGACUGUUCCUUACCGUGUCCACAGAACUGUCAGGAGGGCCGCUGCAACAUCGUGAAUGGAACGUGUCUGGGCUGUGUCUCUGGAUACACUGGACCGACUUGUGAUUCAGAAUGUACUGAUAACAGAUACGGUUUUGAGUGUAAUUCUACGUGUGGUAAAUGUUUGAACGGUGAGCAGUGCAAUCACGUGAACGGAAGUUGCCCAAACGGAUGUGACACAGGAGUGUUUGGAGAUAAAUGUGAUAAAGAGUGUCCUGUCGGAUUGUUUGGGUACAAUUGUCGUGAGAAUUGUAGUAUGAACUGUGGAGUUCCGGGGAAAUGUGACAGGGUCACGGGAGAGUGUAGGGGAGGGUGUCAGCCAGGAUGGAGAGACCUCCAAUGUAAAAUCAAGUGUAAGGCGGGUGAAUUUGGUCAAAACUGUACCGAGUCCUGUGGGAACUGUGUACAGAAUGAAGCCUGCCACCAUGUCAACGGCUCCUGUCUUAAUGGAUGUGAUGCAGGAUAUGAAGGAACUAACUGUACACAAGGUUGUAAAUGGGGAUCAUAUGGUUACAACUGUAACAAAACAUGCCAGGCAGUUUGUGCUAAGAAUAGAACCUGUGACGUCAUAGCCGGAACAUGUGAACAGAUUGGCACGCCGCCAGAUGACAACACUGCCGUUAUUGCUGGUGUGGUAGCGGCAGUAGUCCUAGCCAUCCUAGUUGUUGUCUUUAUCAUUGUGUUUAAGAGAACGAGAACAACAAAACCAAAGGAUGAAAUGCAACGAUCAGAGAAACGUAUUCAGGAGAGGGAAGAGAAUGCACAUUUGCACAAUGGAAGUGAGAAUACUGGAUUUACAAACAUCUAUGAAAAUAUGAAAACCGAUGACAAACCUGUUUUGAAUUCAGAUAACAAUAAAACUUCAAUUGAUACACCCAUUGAGAAAAAAUAUGACGUCAGAGACGAUGACACUGAUGACGAAGGCAUUGACAAUCCCUAUGGAGACAUGUAUCUAAACGAGGAGACCAUAUGUGACAUUCCAAUUAGUGAUAUCGAAAGUGCAAUAAAUGAAAGGAGAGAAGAUGAAGAUGACGGGUUCAAAAGAGAAUACGCUAUGUUGCCAUAUGGAGAACAACAUCCCUGCGAAGUUGGAAAACGCCAGGAAAAUCUAGUCAAAAAUAGAUUCAAAACUACAUUCCCUUAUGAUCACUCCAGGGUUAUCCUGACAGAACCAAAUACACCAUCUGGUGACUACAUCAAUGCAAACUACAUCAAUGGAUUGGAGGAAGAGAGAGAGUAUAUUGCAUCACAAGGUCCUAAACAGAACACACUGAAUGAUUUUUGGACAAUGAUAUGGCAAGAAAAUGUCACACAAAUUGUGAUGUUGACCAACUUAAAAGAAGGCGUAAAGGUGAAAUGCAUUCAGUACUGGCCUGGGAAUAUGAAAGCAAGACAUCACGGAAAUAUCGUCAUCAAGAAUGAGGAAGAAAAACAAUACGCUUUCUACGUCAUCAGAAAACUAUCAGUUUCGCACAAGCAGCAAAAUAAAAAACGCACUGUUACGCAAUACCACUACACCACGUGGCCUGACCAUGGUACCCCGGAUCCUCUUUCAUUGGUUGUUUUCCAUAGUCACGUGAUGAGAACAAGGACAAGUAGGAAUAAAUCACCAAUAAUGGUACAUUGCAGCGCAGGGAUAGGUCGUACAGGAACAUACAUUGCCCUGGAUGCCCUGUACAAGGCUGGUAAAGCGUCUGGUAAAAUCAAUGUAGCGGAGUACGUAAAGAUUAUGAGGGCAAACAGAAUGAACAUGGUCCAAACAUAUGAACAAUACAUGACGAUAUUUUUGGCACUGAACGAAAAAUUCAAGGCUUCCAUGGAAACACAAAGUCUUCCUGAUUUUACUACGAAAAUGGAAACACUGACCGGCGAUCACCCAGCUAACCAAACAGGCAUCAGGAAGGAGUUUCAGAAACUUAUGGAAAUUCGACCAGUAUACACAAGUGCUCAUUUCAAGAAUUCCAGUCAGCAUUUAGACAAUAAAAGAGGAAACAAUGUUUUACCACUGGACAAAUACAUGUUGUAUCUGACAUCAUCUGUUGGUAAACGAGGCAACGUCAUCAAUGCGAUUCAUGUAUCAUCUUACCAGAAAGAUAGAGCGUUUAUAGUGACUCAUCACCCGACACCAGAGGACACUGUUGACUUCCUGCGCCUGCUCAAUGAUCAUGAAUCUGACACAAUCGUCUGUAUGAACCCAUUACAUGCAAUUGAGUCGUCGAAGACCUGGUUACCAGAAAUAGCGUCUUCCAGGGACGUGCCGCCAUUUGUUGUACAGCAUGAAUCUGAGAGUGACACCGAGAUCAAGGUCACUACAGUCACCAUCAUACACGGGGAGAAGACACCUCAUUCAGUAGUAGUUGUAGAACCCAAGGGACAACUGAAAUCAACCGGAACUCCACCAGACACAUCGUUUCUCCGAAGCAUAGUGUCAUAUACUCGAAACCUUUCAACAGAAAACCCCAUUACUAUAGUCAGCAAAGAUGGUGCAUCACUAUGCGGAGUAUUCUGUGCUGUGUUUAACUCCAUACAACAAAUCGAAAUGGACGACAACAUUGACGUGUUUACAACAGUCCGACAACUACAGACAAGGAGACCAGAAUUCUGUUCCACACAGGAGGAGUAUUCCUUUGUGUAUAAGACGUUGCGUGAUUACAUUGAAACAACAUCAGAGAGUGUGUACAGUAAUCAAAAGGAUGUGUACAGCAAUUAGUAGAACAUUGAAACAACAUCAGAGAAUGUGUACAGCAAUUAGUAGAACAUUGAAACAACAUCAGAGAGUGUGUACAGCAAUUAGUAGAACAUUGAAACAACAUCAGAGAAUGUGUACAGCAAUUAGUAGAACAUUGAAACAACAUCAGAGGCUGUGUACAGCAAUUAGUAGAACAUUGAAACAACAUCAGAGGCUGUGUACAGCAAUUAGUAGAACAUUGAAACAACAUCAGAGAAUGUGUACAGCAAUUAGUAGAACAUUGAAACAACAUCAGAGGCUGUGUACAGCAAUUAGUAGAACAUUGAAACAACAUCAGAGGCUGUGUACAGCAAUCAGUAAAAAAACCUAUGUUGGUUCCAUGAAAGUUUUGUAUUUUGCAUUAAAAAGGGGGAAAUGGGGGAAAUUAUACUGAAGAUACUCAAUGUAGAAUUGUCAUAACUCUAUUUAAUGCAAAAGGAAACAUGUUUCUUAUCUACAUGUAUUGUUGUCAGAAACCCUUUUCUGCAACUAUUUUAUUUUAAUUCACCAACUGUUCGGCCUCUUCAUUUCCUGUACAUACACCCUGUAUUACCUUGUAUUUACUUGUUAUUUUCUGUAAACAGUCAUAAGUUAUUAAAGUUUAAUUUGAAAAUCA